ACACACACACAUUUAUUUAUAUGUCUAUUGUGAUCCUACUCAUCCUAUUUAUUAAAAUAAUUUAAACCCACACAAAAAGAAACAUUUUUUGGUCAAUACCCCUACACCUCUCUUGUUGCUUCUAUUUUUAAACUUCAUCCCCUUAUUCCUUUUCUUCUUCAAAUUAUUUCCUUUAGACAUGGAAGGCAAAGAACAGAUUAUUGAAGAUUUUGAAGCCAUGGAGUUGAGGGAACUCAAUUGGGUGAUCAUGGAAAGUAGAGAAGAUGAAGUUUUGGAAGCUUUUUCAACUUCCACCAUUGAUUCUUCUUCGAUGAAUUCCAUGGAAUCUUCUGCAUCAGAAUUGUUAGAAGAUGCAUCGUCGUCUUCCUUAACCUCGAACUUCUCGUCGUCGUUGUCGUUGUCGCCAUCGUUAUCGUCAUCGGAUGACGGACCUCUCUAUGAACUCUCGGAGCUCAUGGCCAAUCUCCCUAUCAAGAGAGGGUUAUCAAAAUUCUACAAUGGAAAAUCACAAUCAUUUACAUCUCUAGCAAGUGUAAAGAGCUUGGAAGAUCUUGCAAAGAGAGUGAAUUAUAACAAUAAUAAUUAUUAUAAUUCUCAAAGGAAAAAGAUGAAGUGUUGUAAAAGCUAUGGAGGAAGUUUGGAUGCUCAAAAAUCUUCUAAUUAUCAUUCUCCAAAGCCUUUGAUUGCUAAAAAAGUUUCAAAGCCUUCUUCUUUGCUGUCUUCUGUUUGUAGUAAGAGAAAUAAUAGGUCAUUUUGAUACCCAUUGUUAAUGCAUCUUCUUCUCCACACACACUCGUACUUAGAAGGGUUAAGCUAAGGCUAUUUCUAUCUCUCUCUCUUUUUUCUUCUUUUUUCCAAUGAUUUUGAGCCAAAAGUGGUUGACUAGUUUUCGUGAAAGAGUGUUUUUUUUUUUAAAUAGAAGCGAUCGGUGAAUGGUUGAAUCUUAGUAGAUCAUGACAACAAGGUUUAUUAUACCACUUACAAUACUCUUUGUCGCGUAUUUAGAUCAUCUACAAAGGAUUCUAUCAAUGGCAACAAGACAUUGCUAUCUUGUGGAAGAGUGUAUUUGAAAUAAUGGUUCCAUAUCUAAAAAAAGAAAGAUGGAGGGACUAAUUCAUAUCCAUUAUUUAUUUCAAGGUGUGAAUGUGUGUCCAAAUUUGUUUCUAUAUAAAUAGGUAAUUGUCUUUGAUUUUUUUUUUUUUUUUUUGAGAGAAAGGACCAUGUAAAAUAUUCCUAAAUGAAGUUUUAUUUGUGUCUGUCUUAUUGCGAUAAAUGAUCAAUGUAAUUCUUACUAUAUAAUUCCUAGCGACCAACAUGAAUGUAUAUAGUUUUUAGCUUUAGCUAACGUAAUACUUGA